AUGCGAGCUCCAGGUUUCCCCGGCGAGAACGCGCCAUGCGAAGGUCCCGGUUUCCCCGGCGAGUACGCGCCACGCGAAGGCCCAGGUUUCCCCGGCGAGUACGCGCCAUGCGAAGGUCCAGGUUUCUCCAGCGAGUACACGCCAAGCGAAGCUCCAGGUUUCCCCGGCGAGUACACGCCAUGCGAAGCUUCAGGUUUCCACAGUGAGUACACACCUUGCAAAGUUCCAGCUUUCCCCAGCGAGUACGCACCAUGCAAAGCUCCAGGUUUCCCUGACGAGUACAUGCCAUGCGAAGCUCCAGUUUUCCCCGGCGAGUACGCACCAUGUGAAGCUCCAGGCUUCCCCGGCGAGUACACGCCAUGCGAAGCUCCAGGUUUCCCCAGCGAGUACGCACCAUGCGAUGGUCCUGGUUUCCCCGGCGAGUACGCGCCAUGCAAAGGUCCAGGUUUCCCCGGCGAGUACACGCCAUGUGAAGCUCCAGGUUUCCCUAACGAGUAUGCGCCAUGCGAAGCUCCAGGUUUCCCUGGCGAGUACACACCAUGCAAAGCUCCAGGUUUCCCCAUAUGCGCCAAGCUGGGGGAACAUGGAGCUUUGCAUGGAGCAUACCUGCUGGGUAAACCUGGAGCUUUGCAUGGCAUGUACCCACCGGGUAAACCUGGAGCUUUGCAUGUUGCAUACAUGCCGGGUAAACCUGGAGCUUCGCAUGACACGUACCCGCCAGGGAAACCUGGAGCUUUGCAUGGCGCGGACCCACUGGGUAAACCUGGAGCUUUGCAUGGCACGUACCCAUCAGGUAAACCUGGAGCUUUGCAUGGCAUAUACCUGCCAGGGAAACUAGGACCUCCGCCAGACCCAUACCUGGCACUUCAACCUGGACCUCCACUGGGCCAGUACGCGCCGCUGCAAGCUGGACCUCCACUGGUCCAGUACUCGCCGCUGCAAGCUGGGACCUUCACUAUACCAGUACGCUCCGCCACAAGCUGGACCUCUGUAAGGCCCAGACUGGUCACAGCAUUCCAGCAUAGGUGUGGCAUCACAAGCAACUCCUCCAAGGAACAAACGCUGCUGGAGAAGCUGUCGGGGCUUCUCGGCCACAGACAGCUGCUGUGUGACAUCCAGAGCGCGCACUGUCAGCGGCGAGAGUGCGCGCCUCCCCUGUACCGCCGGCUGCAGGCCCCCGUCUGCGUGGCCGGGCUCCAUCUCGACCCGGCCGCCAGCUAA